AUGACACCGGAUAACUCGGUUGUCCUUGCUGUUUACAUCUUUGCCUUCUUGGCUGGACUUCCUGCCAAUCUCCUGGCCUUCUACACAUUCCUGGUGAAAGUGCGCAAGAAGGCAGCCCCCAUAGACAUCCUUUUGUUCAACUUGACUGUAUCUGAUGUGAUCCUUCUGCUCUUCCUGCCCUUCAAGAUGGUGGAGGCUGCCUCGGGCAUGACUUGGCCUUUGCCGGACUUCCUCUGCCCCCUUACUGGAUUCUGUUACUAUAGCAGCAUCUACAUCAGCACCCUGUUUCUCACAGCGAUCAGUGUGGAGCGCUACUUAGGUGUUGCCCAUCCCAUAAAGUACAAGUUGCAUCGUAAACCCAUCUAUGCAGUAGUGGCCAGCUUUUUCUUCUGGUUGCUUGCCUGUUCCCACUGUAGCAUUGUCUACAUUGUCCAGUACCAGGUGUUGGACAUCAACGAGACUGUCCCCAUCCUAAAAAAUGUCUCCAAAUGCUAUGAAAAAUUCUCCCCCAGACAGCUUCACAUUCUUCUGCCUGUCCGACUGGAACUCUGUGUUUCUCUCUUCUUGGUCCCUUUCUUUGUCUCCCUCUUCUGCUAUGUCAACUUAAUACGCAUCCUGACCUCCUUACCAAACAUUCAAGCCCGCAGGAAGCAACGGGCCGUGGGCCUGGCAGUGGUGACAUUGCUCAAUUUUGCCAUCUGCUUCGCUCCCUACAACAUCUCCCACAUUGUGGGUUUCAUUCAGAAUGACAGCCCUGAUUGGAGAGUCUACGCUUUGCUCCUCAGCACCCUCAACGCUUCCUUAGACCCAGCAAUCUUCUACUUCUCCUCCACAGCCAUCCAGAGAACUUUUUCUGAUUGUUUUGCUGGUAUGGGUUGCAAGCUGCAGGCCUUGAUGCCCACAUGCUACCAACUUUGUUUGCCCUGCUGCGAGACAGAAACGGAUGGCAAUGCAGUUGACAAGUCCUCUCUAUCGCGUAUGGGGGAGAGGCCUUCAGAAAGGCUUGGGAGAGAUAGGUAGUACUUGAAGAGUUUAGUUUGACAUCACGUCCUGGGGGUGAAAAAAGUUGUCUGUAUGGGGUAAUGGAAAAUUUAUUCCUAACAACUCUUAGUACCUACAAGUCCUUCACAGGGUUUCAGACUAGCUCCCAAGCAAGGUCUGCAUGGGGUCUACUCCACAUCUGUUGCAACUCUUCUUAUGGUUGGCCUAAGUGAUGAGUUUCAACUAACACUAAAUGUAGCGAAUCACUUCGCUUUGACAGAAAUGUUUUAUGUGGUCCAAAAACCACCCAGUCUUCCUAAAGCCUGGCACCAGAAGAUGCAGAGCCAACCUUAAGAAAUGGAGCUACAAAGUAGAGUUUACAACAUGCAAGUGUGGAGAAGAGUAAACCACAGACCACCUAUUACAAUGCAGUCUGAGCCAUGCCAAAUGCACAAUGGAGGACCUUCUUAUAGCAACACCAGAGGCACUCCAAGUGGCCAGCUACAGGUCAAAGGACAUCUUGUAUAAUGCCAAGUUUUUUUUACUUUGUUUGUGUUUUUAAAUACAUUACAACUCUACCCUCAAUUUGCAUCUGAUACGAUAAAUAAAUAAUUCCCCAAAGCCUGAGAAAGAUCUGAGCAAGGAAGCUACCAACUGGAACUGGCCAAUUCAAUUACCAACUAGCCCAUUUGUUUCCGAUGCACAAUUGAUUCCAUAGCUGAUGCCUCACACAGUUCAGCCUUCCUCUGCUUAUGGAAUCAUAGCAACACUGCUGGGAUCCAAUGUGAACCAUUUCAGGAUUUGAACCCUUGGCAUUGACCUACUGUUGCAAUAAAGGACAAAUUAUGCCUAAUUUUUUGCCAUCCACUCUUGUAGGCUGAUUUGCUUUUGAUGCGUACCAGGAAAUUCAAAGUUCAGACUUCCUGUUCCAGUAAAACUCUGCCAUUUGAUUAAGUCAAUAGGAGGCCUGUUAUCAUUUAUACAAACUGGCUGGUUAAAUAGGUUUGAAAUAUCAAGCAAAAGAAAACACAGCACUCUGGCAUUAAAGAUAUCAGGAAGGGAUUCUUGCUGACAGUAUUAAUACAGAAUAAGUUUUUAUUGUAGAGACAAACAAACCUAUGGUUACCUUUUGUUUUAUUAGCAUGGGCUGUUCACUCUUACCAAGAAAAGGUUUCUAAGAGAUUCUAUCUCUCCUGCCUGGCAAUUUGAUUAAUGGCGCAAUUAAUUGCCAACUUGCAGGAGUGGGUAAGGUAGCCACCUGCUCACAGUAACUUUUGUGGACUCAACAUAUUUCCCAAGUUCUGUCCACAACAGCAAGAGGACAUCUAUUUUAUGGGUUUUCUUCAUUUUUUUUUCUUUUGGGGAAGGCAUAGUUAUUUGUUGACAUUUCUGUCAAAGUAGAUCUGGGAAUGACAAUGCAUAGCCUUCCAGAUAUUUUGGAGUUCCUCAUAAUCCCUUGCUAGAGAUUUUAGGUGGCUAGACCUGAUGGAAGCUACCAUCUUAAAAAAAAAUACCUGUUCAAACCUAACAACGUGUAUUGACUAAUUGCAUAGUCUGAGCAUUUAUCCAAAAUCCAUUG